AUGAUGCAAGGUAAUUUUUUCGAAUCUCCCUUUGGCCCGUCCCAGGGUGCCGGUGACGGAACAUCAGGAAAUGGUCUUUCCCUCUUUGGCUUGAAUAACCACAGUGCCCUGAUGAACGGACGAGCCUCUGCAUUUGAAGAUCCGCCCAGAGGAACCAGCGAUGCCAACGCGAGUCGUCGAUCAUCGAAUCUGGGUGGUGCCAAUUUUCACGACGUGAACACUUCACUUGCUUUCUCUGCCGGCCGCGCUCGAAACAAUCGAUCGGUCUCCCCGCGAGGUAGGAGCAAUACCAUGAGUACUGAUCACCGCGGGUCUAUUAACUCGCAGCCUGGUAGCCUUGGCCUGGGUCAGGGGAACGGCUUCGAAGGUCACACUCAAUCUGAUAGUGUGACCUAUACAUGUGCGCUUCCGGCCCAAACGCUCAAGGUGUUCGAAGCCUGGUCUAAAGACGCAGGGCUAGAUAUGGUAUGGCAUGAACAUGCCAAGCAACAAGCUGAGAUCUUUGGGGACGCUAACCGUCACAUUGCUCAAGCUAUUGCUCAAGCUCGAAUCAUGAUGGAGGUGUCCGCAUUACACACCCAAAUUUCGACGCUGACUGAGCAUAUUGCUACAAUGUCUCAGAUUGUCAAGGUUCUCGCCGAAGCUCCGGCUUCCGUGCCCAACAAACGUACCAGCACCCCCACCUCGGACGAUGAGGGAGAGUGGGCAGCCAGUCCACAGCUCCUCGACGUGAUGAACCCAUUAGCCUUGAGACUUCUGAUGUCUCCAGCGUUGGACGCGUACACGGCCCUCAAGAACAAACAGGAGGGAAUCAUUCCGACUUCUUUGUUCAAUGGUAUCAAACUUACCAUUGCGAAGGAAAGUGCAGCGUUCACUGCGAAACACCUUCCCGCCGUGCAUCAAGGUGUUGAGGAGGCCUCCGCGGCCAAAAAGUACUGCAGUGCUAUCAAAGAUUCCGCCAAGCAUGCACGGGAAAAACUCCACAAUGUGAUCUUAACAGGUAUCCAUGAUCCUAAAAUGGGUGAAGAGGUGGAGAUCGCGGUUCCGAACAUCCGGUCCCUGGUGCAAAAAGUGGCUAUCAGAUGUGGCACCGCGAGUCCUACCGCCCUCGUCGAUGCCGUGUGGGGAGUCACGGAUCUACCCACACGCGCCCGGAUCGCCUAUCUCGGCGGCCGAGGGAGCGAAUCCAUCUGGGCUUGCGUUGAUAAGCAACUAUCGCGCCUGCGCCUGAGGAAUGAUGACGCUUACGCUGUUGCUUUCUAUCAAAUCGUGUUUGACAAAGAUUGCAAGCACUUUACCGGCGAGACCUACUUUCAAGUUCUCAAAGAAAAUAAAAUCAACUUGAAUUUACCGUCGGAGGAGGCUGUCUUGGCCCCGCCUGGCUCACAACGUCCAGAAUCCAGCCAACGUGGUUUAGGCCGCCUGCCUCUCCGGCGAGUAGGCGUCUGGCAGGCGCCAGCUCAGAGGGCCAGCUGCCGACCGCCCUUCAAUGCAGAUGGGUACAGUUGUUCAAGGCUAGUCUCAACCACAGCUUUAUCCGCCCCGGCCCCGGGGCCCGCUCCGGUCCGAAAAGUUGGCUGUUGGAAUCCCAAUUUUAUAGCCGGCUUUAUUGUCAACAUUGCGGGUAGUUUACCCUCAAGAUCAUCCAACACACACACUUGCUGGUAA